AUGGAUGCUUCACGGCUGGUCGAGCUCCGACACGGCGACGGCUCCAUCAGCAGCAGUAUAUUCGGCUACUCAGUUAUGCCCACCUGUCGCGAGGUUGCCUGCCCCGCCGGUUGCCGCUGCACGGUGUCGCCGACGGCGCGCUCCGGCCAGCCGCUGCGCCAGGUGGUCUGUCGCCAGCGGGACCUGGCCGCCCUCCCCGACGCCCUGGACAACGGCACGCAGCUACGUGUCCUCAGCCUGGCGCGCAACCAAAUCCGCACCGUUUACCGGGACACGUUCCGAGGGCUGGGCCGGCUGCGGGAGCUGGUGCUGGCCUCCAACCGGAUUAGCUUUAUGGAGGAGGAGACGCUGGCCGAGUGUACAGCGCUGACGGCCCUCGACCUCAGCGGCAACCUCCUGACAGCCCUGCCGGCCGCGUGGUUCCGCCCGCUCGUCAACACCACCACGCUCAAUCUGUCGUACAACCGGCUGCAUCACGUGGCCGCCAACGUGUUCGGCGCGAUGGCCGCGCUGCGCUGGCUCGACCUGACCGGCAACCAGAUCCUGAGCCUGGACGCGGGAGCGCUGCGAGGUCCGACCGCUCUCGCCAUGCUCAACAUCAGCCGCAACCGGCUAGCGGUCGUGCCUUCCGCGGCGCUGAGCGGCGCCGCCGGUCUCGACCUCGUCAACCUCGGCGGUAACCCGCUGACCAAGAUAGAGGCCGGUGCCUUUAUCCGCCUGGACGUGCGGGAGCUGCAGCUGGCGGCGCUGCCUGAGCUGCAGCUGAUCGACGACGGCGCCUUUACCGACCUGCCGCGGCUGGCCGUACUGUGGCUCUGUGACAACACGGCACUGCGCUACGUGGCGCCCGGGUUUGUGGCGCGCGCGCCAGCGCUCCGCCGCCUCCUGCUGCACAACACCAGCCUGGCGAGCCUGGCCGGCGCCCGUCCGUCCGGGACGCUCGUGCUGCGCCAUGUGCACGAGGCUGACGCUGGUCGUUACUGGUGUCUGGCGGAGAAUUCGCGCGGCUCCGAUAACACCUCGGUGCUAGUGCGCGUCCAGGAGAUGGACAUCCACCUGUUCGCUACCGGCGUCUCGUCGCGCUUCGUCACCCUCGUGUGGAACGGCACGGCGCGUAACAACUUCCCUCAGUACGAGCUGAUGUACCGCGCGGUGGCGGACGACUCAGCCGAGAGCGGCGCGGCGGAGGGCGGCGACUACCUGUCGCGCACCGUCACGCCCUUCAGCCGCUCAUACACCAUCAGCGCGCUCCAGCCAGACACGCGCUACCAGUUCUGUCUCAGCUACCACGACCGCCACGGCCGGCCCGUACGUAUCUCGUGCACGCACGUGCGCACGCGCGACGCCAGCUUCAUGUCACAGGGCAUCCGACGGGAGUGGCCGGCAGCGGCGGCAGCUGUGGCCGGUGUGGCGGUGUUGGUGUUGGCCGGUCUGACGCUGCUGGCCGUGGCGGCGCGCCGCUACCGCAGCCGACUCUACGACGACGUCGACAAAGACACGGCCAGCAUCCCGCUGGAGAACUUCUACAGUCCGCUCAUCAGCCAGCCGGGCAGCAGCUGA